AGAUAAAGGAAGCAGCCUGCAGGAAGCUCAGAGGCAUUUCUGCACCGAAACGCUGAAUCCUUCAGAUUCAACACAGGAUUUGACACAACAGAGACGGUAAACAAUCAGAGAUGAGGCUGCUGAACGUCGCUCUCCUCCUYGUUGUUCUUCUCACGGCGACGAUGGAAGCGAAACCGAUUCGCCACAGACACGACGCCGACAUCCCGGACAAGAACCAGCCGCAGCGAUACCUGGCGGAGCUUUCCGAAGGCUCCGAGGAAUCCGAGGAGGAGGAGGAGGAGGAGGAGGAGGAGGAGGGGGAGGAGAAGUCCUCCGAGGAAGAGACUGAGGAAGAGGAGGAGGAAGAGGAAGAGGAAGUAGUGGUGGACGUGACGGAGGCCGCCACCAUCCCGCCUUUGCUGGUCGUGACCACGGAUUCGCUGACGUUCACCUCGGGAGACGGCAGCACGCUGGCGCCGGAGCCGGACACGGCCAACACGGCCGGGCCGGUCAUCAUGGUCCGGGAGACGACGCCGGGGCCGGCGGUCACCGGCGUGACGGCUGACGUCACCACCGCCGGCGUGGUUCCGACGUCACUAAGAGCUACCUCAGACCAAAUGAGGGGAGAUAUCUGAAACUCCGUUAUGUUCGGGGGAGAUCAAAGUGUGGGGCGGGGGCCAUUUGUGGCCCCUGGAAAGAUUGUGUGGGGCCCCUGAUUUAAGUUUGGAUUCUAUUUUUAUUUAGGACAAAAUAAAAUAUUGUGACUUUGAUGGAGUAUUARGACCACGACAAGAAAAUAAAAAAUA